ACACUCCAUUUCUUCUACCCCUAUAUAUUCACCUCCAUGCACAAUUACUCGACCAUCAAAUCUCAAGUGCAAAUUAUAUCUCAUCAUCUUAAUUCAUUCAAGAUCGUUGGCGUCGUCUCUGCUCGCCGCGGUCGCGGUGGUCAUGGCGGCGGCGGCGACCGUGUUCGUCGGAGCCGCGUCCGGCGCCAGCUACACCGUCGGCGAGCCCGGCGGCGGGUGGGACACGCAGACCAACCUCACCGCCUGGGCUUCCACCGUCGACCUCCGCCGUGGCGACCAGCUCGUGUUCAGGUACGACGCGUCGGCGUACGACGUCGUGGAGGUGACCCGCGCCGGGUACCUCUCCUGCUCGGCGGCGAGCCCCGUCUCCGCCGCGCUCCGGACCGGCAACGACGUCGUCCGGCUCGACAGCGCCGCCGGGUGGCGCUACUUCAUCUACGGCGUGGAGGGGCGCUGCGCCGCCGGGAUGAAGCUGCAGGUCAGGGUCACGGACGCCGGCGCCGGGUGCAACAACACGUUGCCGUCGCCGUCUCUGGCGCCAGCGCCGCCCGGAGCGCCGUCGCCGGGCAUCACCAUCUGCUCCGGCGGCCCGCCGACGGUCAUCAUGACACCCGGCGUUAUCUCGUACGGCGCAGCGUCGAGGUCUUCAGCAAAUCUCAGCUCCUCUCUACUUGUCGCCAUGGUGUCGCUGCUGCUUGGCAUCAUCGUUGUCUAGCUCGUGCUCGAUCAUGCUGAAACACCUUAAUUUAGCAUCACAAAAAUGUAAUGUCUCUGUUCCAAAGAUUCAUGCAGAUAAGUAAGUUGCAUCACAAAAAUGGCUGAAUUUACGAUACUGUUGAUAUAGAUCAUGAUGGGCUGUGUCAAUCACAAGCCAGAUACGAAU